AUGAGUUCCAUGCUGAAGAAGAAGGGCGGUCUCGCCUUUAAGCCCAAGGCGCCGGCGGGCAAAUUCGAUUGCUCCUGCUCCUCAGGAAGUCCUCCAGACAAGCCAAGCAGCGGCUACCACAGGGCCGGGGGUCAGCCCAAGACGCCGACCGCGCCCGAAGCUAUCGCCCCCGCAGCCACGACGUCAUCAUAUGUUGCACAGACAGCAGAAAAAGAAGCGACGGCACGAUCCCAAAGAGCUGCAGCCCCCACACCACUAUCACCCCCUGCAACCCAGAGACAGCCGGCAGCAGUGGCAGAAUGGCCAGUCAGCCAGGCUGCGCCUGUGGUCGUCACAGCUCCGGCAACUCUGCCCCCAACACCCCCACCAACACAGCCGACAGUCCGACAGACCAGAACACGACGCUCGACGACGGCGGCUCCAGCUGCGGCCGAACGACAGGAGGAAUCUAUGACGCAGCGGACGCGCAUCGCCAUCAGCAGUCUGCUGCAGAGCGAAGAGGCCGUGGUUGCAACAGGUGUAGUCCCCGCCGACGAGGCGGCCAGCAUUGUCAGUCCUGCUCCCGCAGUUGCGGAAAUCGUCGCUCCGGCUGCAGGACGGAGGGGUCGUUCCAAGGCCAAAGCCGCUGCUUCUGAUCCUGCUCCCGUUGUGCCGACGGAAGGAGAGUCUGCUGGUGCUGCCGUGGCAGCGACUGCGCCGCCAGCAAGGAGACGCUACACGAGGCGAAAGCCGGUCGGCAGUGCGGCGGCUGCAGCAGAUGGACAGGAAGGAGGCGCCGAGGCCCAGGUGCGGCCACGAGCAAGCCGGAAACGGUCAGCGACAUCCGGGACUAGCGAAGGGCCAGCAGCCACGACAGUGGCAGUGACAGUACCGGCAGCGGCGAAGCGGAGCCGUCGAGAGCGGGAGGUGACGCCGGAAGAUGCGGAAACGCGCACGGUAGACCACCGGGAGCUGAAGAUGGAGGACCUGACCAAGGACUUGCGAAUCGGCAAGAAGUUCAGCCGGCACGACGAGCUGGUCGACCGCGAGCGCGAGAAGCGACGGCAAUAUCGGCUAGGCAAGAAGAACGGCACGGGCGGGACAGCAGCGAUGGCGGUAGCGGGAAGCGGUGGCAGCAGCGAGACCGGAUCCGUGCUGGGGGUAGUAGGAGUGGGCAGCGAGACGGGCGGCGUCAACGGCGGGCAGGUGCGGAUGUCGGACGCCGUGGCUGCGGCAGCAUCGGUCAUGGCAGCAGCAGUCGGGCCCCGACGAGCAGGAGGAGCAGUGGGAGCAUCAGCGGCCGGGCCGCAGUUUGAGAUCAUCGACGGCAACAUUGUGGUGAACCAGGCAUCGCUGGUGCACGAUCGACACGCGGCAGCAGCAGCAGCAGCAGGCGAGCUGGAGGAGGUGGAGGAGAACGACUUUACGCGGCAGACAACGUCGAACACGUACCUGAAGCCGGGCAAGCUGCGGGGGCCGAAUGCGUGGACGGAAGCCGAGACGGAGCUCUUUUACCGGGCGCUCAGCAUGUUUGGCACCAGCUUUGACCUGAUCUGCAACAUGUUUCCGGGCAAGUCGCGACGUCACAUCAAGAUGAAGUUCAACCGCGAGGACAAGCUGCGGCCGGAUCGCAUCACCGACGCGCUCGUCGGCCAGCACAAGGUGGCCAUCGACGUGGACGAGUACAUGGCGCGAACAGGCCAGACGCUGCACGCGACCGAGACCAUUGACGCCGAGUAUGCCCAGCGCCAGGCCGAGCACGACGCCGAGCAGCAGCGCAUCGCCGAUGACGCCGCCGAGCUGCUGCGCAAGAAGCGUGAGGACUUGUUCAGGCCGCGCGGCAGUGCAGCUGGUGCUGGUGUCAAGACUGCGGCCGGACAGACAGCAUCGCACAAUCUCUCGGCACGAGACUUUGACCCUCUUGGUGGCGCUGGUAGUGGCCCCAAUCCAGACGACGAGAUCGACGAGACCGUUGAGGACGAGACCGACCUCGUUCGGCACAACGGCCGCCGGCGUCCUGCUGGCCGCUCCAGGGUCGGAGGCAUGAAAGCCGCCGUGGCCAGUGGCUUCGGCGAGGCCUACGACAGAAUUGGCGUUUGUGUGUACAGAGUAUGA